UCUCAAGUCUGAAGUCUCUGUAUACUUUCAUACCCGGCGUUUGGUACCUUACCUUGUACAACGUACAUUAGCAUUUGUUUCUUUUCCAAUGUAAUGCCAGAGAUGAAAUUUCUUUUAAUAUUCGUGUCAACUUUACCCUUCAAUUCGAGCUGAAUCUUCCUUUUUUGGCGUUGUAAAUCUACUCAGCUAAUCGUUUCGAGGAGAUUCUCUAUUUCCAAGUUUGGGUUGAAAUGGAGUCGAAUCGAGAAAUGGAAAUGGGUGAAAUAAUUUUUGACGUAUAUGAUAUUUUUCAACCAGUUCCUGUAUCCUUGAGAGAACUAUCAGCUAUUGCCAUUAGCCUGGAAAUAUGGCGCUGUAGAGCGAAUGAGUAUCGUAAUAAUCGCAAAUUGAAAGAGUUUUGUCCAUCUCUUGAACGUAUCUUAUUGAAAAAAAUUCUGCCUGACUUACCAACCGUGAUUUGUACUGCGAUCGAUAAAUACGUCAGAAGAUUUGGACCUUCAAUGGAAAAUUGGCUAGAAGAGCACCAUAAUAAAAUCUUCUAUUUUUAUUACGACCACCAGAACUUUGUUUUGGAUUACUUCGAUAAUUUCGUAUGCGAUUAUACCGGCACUAUGGAUUAUGUGAGGACAGCCAGACGCAUGAUGCAUUGUGCUCGAUUUGAUGAUAAUCAAAAGUUUAUGAUUGCUUGUACAUAUUUUUUCGAAGACGAUAUCAGACGACUUUGGCCAUUAGUAUCGAAAAACAUGGACUGGAAUGGUAUUAAUUUUUCCGAAAGUCCGCAAUUGUAUUACUGGAUUUGUUGUCUCCGAAAUGAAUUAGAUAAGAUACCAUGUACUGAAAUUAACAACAGUAUCGAUAAAGUAAUGUUGGAUGCAUUCAUGCUUCACAAUAUACCAUCGAUAGAGUAUUUUUGGAAUCGUUUGCCAUCAGAAAAUCGAAUACGAAGAGCUUUUGUUAUUUUUGCACGGGACAACCUAUCUUUCACUCGGUUCAUUUUACCAAAGUUGGUCGAUCAACAGCUCGAAGAAUUUGUUAAUGUAAGAAGUUAUGAACUGAUAAGGUCUUCAUUUAAGAAUGUUUGGUACGAUAAAGAAUUGAUUCUGCCAAUAUGGAUGUGCAUUAAAAAAAUCAUAAAUGUGGAAGGGUUUACGAAAGUGGUUGUGAAAAUGUUGGAGAGUGAACUGCUACCAUGGCCUGGCAUGACCUCUGAAGUGGGUGAAGAUGAAGAUCUUCAACACAGAAUUUGGCUUGAUUUGUGUUGUGAAAUAUGGAUUAGCGCUCCGGAAAAUUUUAAACGUUCGGCAGUUGUAGAAAUUACGUCUAAUAAGAUGUUACUUGAUUACUGGAUUGUUCGUUUUGAUCUUCUUUCAUCAGUUCCAUCUGAUCCGAAAGAAUUUAAAUUCUUAUCGACUUUUUUUUCGGAUGCCACUUCUGCGGAGAGAAGAAAAUUUUGGUUUGAUCACUGGGAGAAUUUGAUUGAAGGUUUGCGAUGCACAGAUUUGGAAAACGUAAUGAAACUAUGUUUUGAAAGCAAUUAUGAGAUUGCGCAAUUCAAGGAAAACAUCAUGGUCAAUAACGAAUGGGUCCAUGCGUUUUGUAAAGUCUUAUUAUCUAGUUCGUACUUCGACAAAUUCAAUGAUUUUUCUGGUUUCUUAUGGCCUGACAUACAAGCUGCUCGAAGUUUCAAACAACAAAUGCUACGGUUAGCUUUUCUUGGUAGAGAUAACUGUUUUAAUGAGGCCAAUAUACUUGAAACAAAAGAAUUUAAUAAAUUCAUCGAAGAUGCUUUUGCCAAUAUCGAUCUAGCUGCGGACUUCAAAAAUCAACUCGCGUCUUCACUUGAUGUACAAAGAAGAUUGUCGCAGUUUCCUCUUUCUGUACGUUGUGAGCAGGUAAUCGAGUUCAUCGACACCUUCGUUUCGGCAGAAAACCUCCUACUUGAGAUAAAAGCGCGUAUAAUUGAUGGAUUGAAACGAUAUGCUUCCUAUUGUAGCUCACUGAGGUGCAAGUUUACUUACACUCCACUUUUAGUAUGGUGUUUGGGUAGCCAGGAGGAAGUUGCCAAAUUCAAGAAGAUUCAUUUAUGAUGCAUACCUAAUUUGGUUAGAUACCUAUUUAUCAAUUUUGAAGUCACUUCUGCUUGAGAUAGACAUUUGUUGCAAAGCUUUUUUCCAAGAUCAAUGACAUUGUCAGUGUUGCUCUUUGCCGAGUCAGUUAAUUUAAAUUUUUAAAUAUUUUUUUAAUUUUGUAGCGUUUGGAGAAUGUUUUCCACUGUAUCUUGUUUAUUAUAACUUCAUAAAUGCUCACAAUAAAUGCGUUCAAAUGGAAACCCUUUUUAAAAAUAAUUUGUGUUCUUGUUUUGUUGUAAUUAUUUACUCACCUAUUCCAUUUUUAGUUCUUUUAUUUUAUAAGAUUAUGAGAAAAAAAUUCAAAUUCUCGAUGUUUUUCUAAUCUGCAAUAAAUUAUAAUUUACAUACAUAUUACGCGUUAAUCUCAUUGAAAUUAAUCUGAAAAUGUGUACCUAGGCCGAAAAAAUCAGGAAAGAGUAUUCCGAAUUAUGAUCAGAAUUACUGCGAGGAUUGCUCCUUUUCAACUUGAACCAAUAAAAGUAGGUCCUUGGGGUUUCACUCUUUAUUCGUGAGCAGUUGAUCAAGGAAUUAAAAAUACCUAAUUUGGUUUAAUGAAAAAAAGUUGUGAGGGGACAUCAUGCCUUGCGACAUUACGUGUUGCCAUAUUUCCUAUUCCCCUAUCUGUCUAUGUGUAGAGUUACUCCUAUAUGAGAUUCCCCUACUUGGGAUGGGAGAGAUACGAUUAAUUAGGAGAUGGCAAGAUGUAGCAUCGAGCCAUCGAGAUCGAGAUGCUCUCAUCACUUAUAAUUUCGUCGUCGACUUGUAAUCUCGUCUUCGAACUUAUAGUUCUAUCAUCUACUCUUGCUAAGGUGCAUAGAACAGUCCGCGUCGUCGUGGGUGAGCCUGAAUCUUAUAUUCAUCUCACAUGUCGAGCCUGAUCAUCUCGCGUUAAACCCAGCUUCGAUAAUUUGCUAAAGCCUGCUUUUGUUGUUAAUAAGAAUUUCAUAUCGAUUAAUUGCUAAUACUACCCACGGGCUAUACAAUAAUCGUUAUAUUCGCGCAUCGCAACAUAUAACACCAAUGGUCGUAAGUAAUCAUCUUCUUCCAUAAUUAAUAUGCUAAUAUGAAUUUAUUUACCUGUUAUUUCUAAGAUACAAAUAAUUAAUUAUAUCUAUUAUUUGUGGCGUAGUUAUAAGGUGUGUAUUACAAUUAUAUCGAAUACACGGAG